CCAUUGAGUUUCGACAUCAUCGGAAAACGUUUCACAUAUAAAAGCAACAGCACCGCGCUAGUAACCUGACAAGGUCCCCUCCAUGUUUCAUCUGAAACCCCUCCUCCUGACCCUCCUUCUCUCCAUCUCCCUCUCUGGUAAUGCUGCUCUUCACAAGAGAGCUUCCGGCGUAACCACCAACCCUUCCCUCGCUAACGGUCAAACCUUCGAUUUCAUUGUCGUUGGUGGUGGUUUGACCGGUACAACCGUUGCAGCAAGGUUGGCCGAGGCUGGGACCUAUUCUGUAUUACUCGUCGAGGCGGGAAGAGACGAUAGAGGUGAUUCCAGGGUGUACGAUAUCUAUUCAUACGGCCAGGUGUUUGGAUCGGACAUGGACUGGCAGUGGCAGACUGAACAUGGCAAUAUGGUUGGCGGGAAAACGUUAGGUGGAAGUUCCUCUAUUAACGGGGCUCACUAUACCCGAGGUCUUGCUGCUCAGUACGACGCAUGGUCUUCUCUACUCGAAACAUCAGAAGCAAGUGUUGGAUGGAACUGGCAGAGUCUAUUCAAUUACAUGAAAAAGUCGGAAGGUUUUUCGGCUCCAAAUGAUCAACAAGCUGCCAAAGGUGCACAAUCUGUCGCUUCCUAUCACGGAUCCAACGGGCCUGUCCAAGUCACGUACCCCGACGCCAUGUACGGGGGACCGCAACAGCAAUCCUUUAUCGAUACUAUUCAGAGUCUGACGGGGAUUACGAGAUGCCCGGAUUUGAAUGGCGGCAGUCCCAAUUGUGUAUCAAUAACGCCGUUUACGAUGAAUUGGCAUGAGGAUGAUCAUCGUUCCUCCUCAGUUGAGGCCUACCUUAGUCCAGUUGAGAGCGCGAGGCCAACAUGGUUAACUUUGACCACGCAUCAGGUCACGAAAAUCAAUUGGGCAAAUCCUGGGAGCAUUCCCCUCAAAGCUUCCGGAAUUCAAUUCGCUCCAGCCAGCGGAGGCAGCACCAGAUACAAUGCUUAUGCUAGAAAAGAAGUCAUCGUCGCUGGAGGCGCGAUCGCCACCCCUGCUCUACUCCAACUCUCCGGAAUUGGUGACUCCUCCCUCCUCUCGUCACUCGGCAUCACCACCUAUGUCGACCUCAAAACUGUUGGAAAGAAUCUACAAGAGCAGACGAUGACCUCCCUCGGCGCCAACGGGAACGGUUUCGAUCCUAAUGGCCGAGGUCCCUCAGACUGUAUCGCCUUCCCCAACAUUCGACAAGUGUUUGGAAACAACGCCAAUAGCUCUAUCAGCAAGAUAAACAGUAAUUUGGCCAAUUGGGCAAACAGUCAAGCGGGAUCAGCCUUGAGUAGUGCGGCUCUGCAGCAGAUCUAUCAGGUGCAAGCGGAUCUGAUCAUCAACAAGAAUGCACCGGUAGCGGAGUUGUUCUAUGAUACAGGAUAUCCUGACGAUCUCGGAAUCGACAUGUGGCAGCUUCUACCUUUCAGCAGAGGAACAGUCAAGAUAACGACGAGUAAUCCCUUUACCAAACCUCAAGUCCGAGUCAACUACUUCUCGGUCGACUGGGAUAUGGAUGUCCAGAUUGCCGCAGCAAGACUGUCAAGACGAGUAUUGACGAGCCCGCCUCUAAGGUACCUUGACAUUCGGGACGCCCGUUCCAUGAAAUAGAAAUAUUGACCACCACUUAUCCCAGCUCCCUAUCAACUGGAGAGAC